UCUAUUUUAUACCUUCUAAAAUAAAAUGAAACUAAAAAUUCAGCAGUUAUGCUAUCCACUUAGCCCUUCCGAUUUUAUUUUCCAGGCAACGCUACCGCUCAUUCUUGGCCAAAUUCUUGGUUAGCGCAUCGAUGGAUGACUGUGUCAUCUACUUCCCCGCGAUAGUUGUGACAAUUUGACAGAAUUAUUAUUUCUAAAAUUUUCUACUGACUUUGUGCUUGCGUAUUACUUGAAUUAACCAAGUCCACAAAAAUCUGUGAAAAAAACCCACUAUUGUUGCAGAAUUCUUGAAUUAAUAUCUGAUUUCGUGACAUGGGUUUUGUGGCAUCUGGUGUCUUGUGUUGUUCCACUCAAACAUCUAUACUAAGCAAUACUAUUGGAAGAAUCAAUCAGUAUCCUUCAAAGGGUUUUUUUUUCUUGCAAAAAGUUACCAGUUUUGAGAAUCGUGAAUUGGGGUUUAAGCCUUUACUAGCAGUGAGUAAUGUAGCAGUUAAUCAGAAGGGUAGUGCUGAAAACCAAGUUAAUGAUAAACCUAGGUAUAGGUGGGUUAAGAUAGGCUCUGAUGUUACUGAGGAACAGCAAAGGGCUAUAUUGAAGCUUCCACCAAAGAUGAUAAAUAGAUGUAAGGCAUUAAUGCAACAGAUUAUUUGCUAUUCACCUGAAAAGGGUAGUGUGUCACUCUUGUUAGAGGCCUGGGUGAAGAGUAUGAAGCCUGACAGAGCUGAUUGGCUUGCGGUACUCAAAGAAUUGGACAGUUUGAAUCAUCCCAUGUAUUUGGAGGUAGCUGAAUUGUCCCUCUUAGCAGAAUCAUUUGAAGCCAAUAUUCGUGAUUACACCAAGAUAAUUCAUGGCUAUGCAAAGCAGAAUCGGCUGAAAGAAGCUGAAAGUGUGUUCUUAUCCAUGAAGAGUAGAGGCUUCACAUGUGAUCAGGUGACACUGACAGCUUUAGUUCACAUGUAUAGCAAGGCUGGUAACCUUAAGCUGGCUGAAGAUACUUUUGAAGAGAUGAGAUUGCUUGGUGUACCAUUGGAUAAGAGGUCCUUUGGGUCAAUAAUCAUGGCCUAUGUUAGAGCUGGAAAGCUUGGUCAAGGAGAGGCUUUACUGAAGGAAAUGGAAGAACAAGAGAUCUAUGCUGGACCAGAAGUUUAUAAAGCACUUCUGAGAGCCUAUUCGAUGAGUGGUGAUAGCAAAGGAGCCCAAAGGGUUUUUGACACAAUUCAGUUAGCAGGAGUAAUCCCUGAUGCGACAAUUUGUGGUCUGCUUAUGAAUGCCUAUAUUAUGGCUGGUCAAUUGAGUGAAACUUGUAUUACAUUUGAAAAUAUGAGAAGAGUUGGCAUAAAGCCAAAUGACAAGUGUAUUGCGUUGCUACUGACAGCUUAUGAAACAGAAAAUAAACUGAGCAAGGCACUUGAUGUUUUGAUGGAUUUAGAGAGGGAUGGUAUUGUGCUUGGCAGAGAAGCUUCUGAAUUAUUGGCUCGUUGGUUCAAGAGACUUGGGGUAGUUGGAGAAGUGGAGCUUGUUCUGAGAGAUUACGCAUCAAAUUGCACAUUACUAAACUGAUGUUUUUUGCUUUAGCCAGGAGUUUCCUAUCAGUGGGUAUGUAAACUUUUUACACUAAAGAAACUGAUUUGCUAAAACCCGUCUUCAGUAACUGCAGCUUAUUCCCACGUCGCAGUAAGAGAAAAAGGGGGUUGAAAAACAAAUGAAACUGGAAACAAGAGCUUCCCUUUUCUCAAUCUGACUUGGUGAAUAUACUCGUAAAUAUGUGUGUGUGCAUAUAUUCAAGCACAAGAUAGUUUCAUGCACCAACACAUAUGUCAAACUUUUUGAGCCUAGUGGUUUAGUUAGAAGUUUUGGUUUAGGUUUAGGUUCAAGCAUCUUCAUCCAGCUUGCUGUACGUCGAUACAACAUACUGCCCAGGAAAGUAUAACAACUCACUGCUGCUAACAAGCAGAGGUAUGUUUUUUCAUAUUUUUGGUGAGAGGUUGAGGGCUUAACAGAAUUAAGAGGAGAGCUCUUUAUGUCCUUGGGGAUGUACUCAAUUGUGAAACUAUUUUCUGUAGUAUUUUAAUUACUUCGGUUCAUUAUAAGUUGUAACUCUUUAUUUUUUUGUUGUUGAACCUUAAAAACGAAAAAAACAUGGUUAGUGAGGUUUAUAUAUAGUUGAACCCAACUUAUUUGUGACUUGGGUGUAAUCUUAGCAAUAGAGAGAAAAUCCAAGAUAGGUGUAGCUUUUUUGAGAACUAAUCAUAAUUUUAUCUGAAUAACUGAUAUAUUAUGGUUUGAGCUUGGGACUUCCAUGUUGGAGGUCUGAAAUUCGAAAUCCCUUGCCAGCGAAAGUAAGGGGUUUGCCUUAUGGGUCGAGCUCGUCGCACCAGACUUGCCUAGUGUGGGUUACCUCUCCUAUGUGAUUUACGAGCUAUUGUAUAGGAGCUGGGUUUUACCCUGUGUGCACCCAAAAGGGUAGCGGCUGCGAGUUUCCCUCAUAAAAAAAAAUCAAUCAAGAAAACCAGAUUGUUGUUUAAAUUGAUGGAUACAAUUGGUAGCUCUCAUUACUCAAAUGAGCUAAUUUCAAUAAACAAUCCCAUUAAUUAGAAGGUGUACCAAAACCAAGAUUAGGGAGAACAAAAUUAUCUCAACAAAUGCAAAUCACAAUCUUAGGCUGUGUUACAUCCCAUUUUCUAAUGUUGAUGAGAAAAUAAGUUUCUUAAAAAUGAGGACAACGAUGUCCCUUGUGGAAAUGGGAAAAACAAGUUCUACAAGUGAUAUUUUAUAUUGUUUGUAUCUUCCAACCCUCAAAAUAUUACCACCACUCCCACUUCCCAUUUAGAUUAUAUUUUAAUAUAAGGAUAAUACUUUUGACUUGCAUACCUAACAUACACACACAAAAAAAAAAAAGAAGAGAAAUUCACUUAUUUUUAUACAAAACAUUUUCCUUCCUACCAAACACACCCUUAGAUUGCAACACGUUAUAAUCAACCAUUAUUCUGGAUGAUAAAAAAUUACUUAAAAAAGGAAUAAAAAUUGCGUUAGUAAAGAAAUCGUAGUCCUAGGCCAACACUCUUUGAUUGAUUUUCUUUGUUUUCACCCGGUUUUUGAAAUCUGCACUAGAGUCCCGACUAAAUUCAGAGACCUCUUAUUAAGGUGAAGUAAUUCAACCACAGCACCAGAACCCAUAUUGGUACUGUUUGAGUGAUUGCUUGUACUUGAAACAAGAAUAACAUAAAAACUAAAAAAGGGGUUGAAGAGUGUAUAUGUAUUAUGUGGUGUAUCUUAAAAUAUCUUCAUAGCCGAACCUGGCAACAAAAAAGCCAUCCUUGCACUUUCUGCUUUGGCAAGGGCAAUGAAGGAAAUGAACAAAGUAGCAAUUGUCAGAUGUGUAUGGAGGCAAGGACAGGGUAAUGUUGUUGUUGGGUUCCUUACACCAAAUGUCUCUCCUGAUUCAUUUUACUUCAAUAUUCUUCCCUUUUGCCGAGGAUGUUCGGGAGUUUCAGUUUCCUUCUUUCAGCAAUCUGCCUUCAUCAAUGCAGCCAAAUGAAAAGCAGCAGAUAAAUUGGUUCAGAUUUUACCUGGAAAACAGGAAGUUUUACUACCUGACUUUACACCUAAUCUUGUUCUAGAGGUAUGGCGUCAUGCAGAAUAUUGUUAAAAUAUUAAGUGUGAAACUACUACAUUAACCUUUGCUCUUAGAUCACUCAUUAGGAACAUAAUUAAACUAAUUUUGUAAAGAUCUGUCUGAAUAUAAGAUAUUUUCUUGCCAGUUGGUCAUGUUAAUCGUAGCAAAGUGAUGCAUUAACAUUUCAAACUUUCUUUCUGUCGCCGAAUUUGGUUAAAAGUAAGUUGUUAUAAUGCUUGAUGACAUUGUUGGUGAGUUAUAAUUGUUGUUAUGUUGGUAUUGACAGCCUUUUCGCUGCUUAGGUGGAUAACUUGAUUUGAUUAAUCAUUUCAUAUUAAAUAUAUGCUGAUAAUUGGACCUAGGUGGUACUUCAGCUUAAUAAUGUGUGUAACAGGAUGCUGGUGAUAGAAACCUUUGGAGAUUCAGGUUUUUAGAUUAUAAACAGUGCUGCUUAUCUAUGAAUUCUCUGAGUCCUAAUAUGAAGUAAAAAAAUCAUAACGCAAAAAUCCUAAUUUUGCUCCAUAAUUGCCUUUUGCACUAUCAGUUUCUAACAAUUAGUAUUGUACAACUAUCCAGCGUUACUACCGUUAUCUUAACCUGAAGUCUAGGUACCCAGAUGCUGCUGUUCCUCCACUUGAUGAGACCCUCAGAAAGAUAACAUAACCUGAUGUUGAACUUCUUCCAUCAUAGAGGAACUCCGUAGGUCUUUUGAACUAAAAGAUAAUCCAAAAGCUGAAAAAAUCAGCAAGAAGAAUAAAAGUGAGGCCUUCAGGACCAGAUGGGGAAAGAGAAGAGUUCGACAAAGAUGCUCAUGUCAAAGCUAUAGACUGAAUGGAAUACUCAGCCAAAACAGAAGUUGAAGAAGUUGGAGACGUUAAUCCUGUCAAAGACUUUGAGGAGAUGCUGUCUUGAAGAGAUAAUCCAAAAUGGAUUAGUAAGGCCAUUCAGAGUAUGAAAAUUAGGAUCUUUGAUCUCGUGGAGAAUUCUUGUGAAGGAGAUACAUUUCAUAAAGCAUUGCAAUGUUUGGUGGCUGUACGCAAAGGUUGCAUCCUUGAGCAGUGAAAUUCUUGAACACGAGGCUAGAAGCUUUAUGGUCAAGCCUGAACUUGACUCGCAAAAUAUGAAAUCAGAGGCGAAAGCCUAGAGGAUGAUAUAAUGAGUACAUACCCCUGGGUGGGAAGUAGAAAAGGAAACCUAGAGAUGCAUAUUGUGUGAUGUACAGGCAAUCAGCAUUUUCAGCUAGACUGACAGUGUAAACUUAAAUAGAUCUUAUCUUUGAGGUUUCCGUUGAAGAUUGAAUCUUAGACCUCAAUCAGCUUCAUUUUGUUUACUUGUUUGUUUGUUUGAAUCUUAAAUAGGCCUUUCUUUUAUUUGCCUAUUUUUGUCAUGUCUAAACCUAUUCUCUAACUUAUGCAGUAAAGUGUUUGUUGGCCAGUACUA